GGGAGCAGAAGUCGGGCAAGCACAAUGCGAGUCCACGUGCACACCAGAUUUUGUUUCCUGUGCGUGCUCACCUUCCUCUACCAUCAGUCCAGCCACUGUCACGGCGACGGCCGCCGGCAGCAGCAGCGCGCUCAUCGCCACGCCAACCACACCCACAAUGACCUGCAGAUUUCCCAGGACCCGUACGUAAGAAGAGCUUCUCCGCCGCAUCCGUCGGGGGCUUCGUUAGAGGAAGAGCAGCAUUUCUACAUCCGCCAGUUGUUCCGGCGUUACGGCCAGAAGGACCGGCUGGAUUUCCAAGGAUUCCAGAGUCUGCUGGUUAGCUUGGGUCUAGGCCAAAUCAAAGUGGUGGACGUGGACCACGAGGAUCUCGGCCACGACCACGUGGCCCAUCUAGACAUUCUGGACGUGCAGGAGGGCCUCCACUCGCACGGCGAGGCUCACGACCAUGACCACGCGCAUCACGAUCCCGACACCCAGCGGCCGCACGCGGAAGAAGGAGUCACACGGUGCGGCCAGACCUCCACCACGCCUCCCGGCGCAUCUUCGGAGCACCCCCAUAAACACCAUCACGAUCACAGCCACGAUCACGCACACGACGCGGAUCCGAGCCACGAUCGUCCCGAAGAUGACGCCCACCGACACUCGGAACACACUCGAGGCGGCACGGAUUUGCCUCCCCCCGACCCGAAGCAACCGUCUACCGACCGAACGGAUCUGCGGACCUCUCCCGCCCCCGCAGAGGCCAAGACCAAGAGGCCCAAAAAGCCGGGAAGGGUCCGAGGACAACGGGCUCAAAACAAAACCCUCCCAUCUGCCACGGGCCUCUCCGAUCACAACCACGAGCACAAAAACGGUCACGGCCAUUCCCAUAAGGAGAAACGGGAAGCGCCCAGAGGGCCCGACACCGCCACGGUUCCGGGCGCCGUUCUGGCGGGACACGCCGGUGGCCUGGCUCACAAGCAUGAGGAGUGUUUGAACCUGACCCAGCUCCUCGCCUACUACGGGCUGAGUCCCGAGUCCCUCAUCUCUCCGGGCCAGUUCACCUACCUGUGCCCCGCCCUGCUGUAUCAGAUCGACAGCCGCGUGUGCAUCCGCCAUUACCACCAGAUGGACGUGGAAGAGAAUGUCAGUUCCGUGUGGAUUUGGGUGUGGGGCUUCGUGUCCAUCACCAUCAUCAGCCUGCUGUCUCUGCUGGGAGUGGUUCUGGUGCCCAUCCUCAACGGGUCCUGCUUCAAGUUCCUGCUCACCUUCCUGGUGGCGCUGGCCGUGGGCACCCUCAGCGGCGACGCUCUGCUUCACCUGCUGCCUCACUCUCGAGAGCAGCACGACCACAGCGACCCCAGCCACGGCGAUGAUCUGGCCACCGACUUUGACGGCGUGUGGAAGGGCCUGACGGCCUUGGCCGGCAUCUACCUCCUCUUCAUCUUCGAGCAUUGCGUCGGCAUGUUUAAGCACUACAAGGAUCAGAAGGCCGCCAAUAAAGAGGGCAAGAUCGGCCGCAAGUUGUCCGACCACCAAUUGAAUCGGCGCUCGGAUGCCGAAUGGGUCCACCUGAAGACGCUCGGUGACGAGCCCGACGGCAGCGUCGUCGCCCUCGACGACGGGCGCGACCCGACGACGGCCGAGUCCCCCGGCGAGGUGGCGCCGACGGCCGACGGCGGCGGCGGCCUGUCGCCCGCCAAUGCCAACGGACGCAGCAAGGCCAAGCGGCGCGCUCACGGCCACUCCCACGGCGGCAAUUGCCACUCCCAUCAGGAGAUGAAGGACGCCGGCAUCUCCAGCAUCGCCUGGAUGGUCAUCAUGGGCGACGGCAUGCAUAACUUCAGCGACGGGCUGGCCAUAGGCGCGGCGUUCAGCGCCAACCUCACGGGAGGCCUCAGUACUUCGGUGGCUGUUUUCUGCCACGAACUACCUCACGAACUGGGCGACUUUGCGGUGCUGCUGAAAGCGGGCAUGUCGGUGAAGCAGGCCAUCGUCUACAACCUGCUGUCGGCCCUCAUGGCCUACGUGGGCAUGGUGAUCGGCGCCGCCGUGGGCCAGUACACGCACAACGUCACCAGCUGGAUCUUCGCCGUCACCGCCGGCAUGUUCCUCUACGUGGCUCUGGUGGACAUGCUUCCGGAGUUGCUCCACGGCGACAGCGAGGAGCACAAGCGCUGCCAGCUAGGACACUUUAUCCUGCAGAACUUGGGCCUGCUGACCGGGUUCGCCAUCAUGCUGCUCAUUGCCAUCUUCGAGAACCGCAUCGUCUUCCACUUUGACUUUUGAAGGUGGCUUUUCGGUGUUGACAAUCGCGGUGUCGCAUUCUUGACCUCAUUUGUAAUGUUUACGCCCCCCAUCCAUCCAUCCAUCCAUCCAUCCAUCCAUCCAUCCGCCACCCGACGAAGUGUGACUCCCUGAAAGCACAAGCGAGCCGGACCGAGCUGAGCCGUUUCGCUCCUCUCCAACUUGUUUUGUCCAAAUUGGAUGUUGGUGCAAAGGAUGCUCCCUUCCUCCCUCCCUCCCUCCAACCUCCCAACUUGCUCACUAGCGCACCCUGAAAUGUGAAAUGAAGCAACUGUGGACUUGAUGGCAAAAAUUGUCUUUACAAUUUCCAAUUGUCCAUUUGUGUUGGCUCGAUUGGGCAACACGCUGCCCAACCGAAGCGCGUCGCGUCAAGAAAACGAAUGCCGUUGAUGUUUGCAUUAGCUGAGACGUCGAGAACCGUUUAGCAGAUAUUCAGUCUCAUCUGUAGUUCCUUUUUUUUCUUUUUUCACUUCAUUGCAGUGUUGAUUUUAGUUUCCACCGAGCGGUAUUUAGUGUAGUUUCAUAUUAACGCGUAGUGUUGACAAUGUGUAAGCUGCCAAUGACGCUAUGAAGUGGAGAUUUAAUAUCUCCUUUGAAUUUGCGAAAUAAUAAAAGGAUGCGUUUGUUUUUUGUUCUAAAUUCAAUCAUUGCUAUCUGGUGAAACUGUUAUGUCCAAUCUUGACAUGACCCCAAAGGUCAUCUCCUCCCUUUCCAUCGACAUUCCACGGCUGCUGAUGAGCGAGGCCGCAUUGCCGACUUUGGGCCGCUACGACACUUUAACCUGUCACCGUGUGACAUCUUUGACUUUUUGGUCGUCACUCCUGCGGAUCGGAUGAUCCUGACCAUCGCAUGACCGGCAACUAGUGCGUGCUCUUGUGUGUUGACUUUGAAAAAAAAAAUGAAUUUGAGCUGCACAAGUUCCAAUGGAGACCAACUUCCAUUGGCUUUGUAGCUCAAUUCAAAGAGAAAAAAAAGCCCUUCUGUUAAAAUGACCGAUUUGAUGAUUCAAGAAAUACAAUCAAGUUGUGCCUGAAAUGUUCCGUGUUGACGUUAAUAAUGAGGAGGAGGGUUUCAAAGACAUGUUUGUAAUGUUCUUUUCCACGGUGUCAAAUUUGUUGUCUUCACGGUGUCGGUCGGGUCGGGUCAGCUGUCUUGUAUUUAGAAUGGUGAACUUUUCCGUUUCGUCGAGCGAGCGCACGAUGAAUAGCUUGUAAAAUGAAGGUCAGCAAUUUGGUUUGCUAUGUUAUAUGUCCAUAUGCUGUCCUAACAAAUGGGCAACAUUAAAAGGAUUUCUCAUCAA